AUGCUCGCCGUGGCAGACGCGAGAACAGGUCCCACAGACGCUGACCUAGAUGCCCUUCUCGCAGCAGCAGAGCGUAUGAAAUUUCACGUGAUUGCUCUGCAGGAGACCGUACGACAGAUGAACGACGAUACACUCGUCAUUCGUGGAGAGAAGGUUCCGUCGCGAAGUGUAGGGGGUGUUGGCAUUGUUGUGGACUCAUCUAUCGUCCAUCUUGUCGAUUCUCACGAGAUUCUGUUAGCUCGUCUGGGCAUUCUUCAUCUCCGACCUGUGCUCCAAAAACCCAUCAGCAUCAUCAACUGCUAUUCGAAAACAUCAGCAGCGGAAGAAUCCGAAUUGGAGGCGUUUUACGAAAAGCUGGAGGAAGUGCUCCGCAACGAGAUCUCCUUCUACAAAUUCGUUGUUGGGAACUUCAACGCAAAGCUAGGAAAAGCUACAGAAGAGGAAUACAAGAUAGGAAGAUUUGGAUUAGGAGACCGGAAUGAAAAUGGCAAUCGUCUUGCCGGUUCGUUGUCCGCCGCUCGCCUCUUUCAUGGGAAUUCUCUUUUCAUGAAGAAAGAUCAUCGUCAGUGGACAUGGGAAUCGCCCAAUGGCGCGACUCGGGAGGAGAGCGAUCACAUACCCACCAACCGGUGGUAG